ACAAUCUUUUCUCCAUUUACCAGAGUCGGUUACUCUCUUUUCCUCUCCCUUCCCCCGAAUCCAAAUCCCCUACGAACACAAACAAAACACCCCCACACUCUUUCAAUUCAAUUCAUUGUCACUUAACUGUUCUCUCGAUCCAUCUCUGCUGUCUCAAAUCUCAAAAUUCAAACAAUCACACCACAACCAACCAUGGUGUUCAUCACAAUCCCAAACCACAAAACCCUAUCCCUAACCCUAGACCCAAACACCACCACUCUCCACUCCCUCAAACUCUCUCUCCACCACCACACUCACAUCCCAAUCCACCACCUCCACCGGCUCUACCUCUCCCAAUCCCACCCACUCCCAUCUCAAAACGACGCCGUCCUCCUCUCCCGCCUCCGCGUCACCCCUUACUCCACUCUCUCUCUCCACCUCCCUCUCCUCGGUGGGUCCCAGGCCCAAACCCCAACCCCAGCCCUAACCCCAACUCCAAUCCCUCCUCCCUCCAAGCCCAAACUCGACUUCCUCAACUCCAAGCCGCCGCCCAACUACGUCGCCGGGCUCGGCCGUGGUGCCACCGGAUUUACUACCCGUUCCGAUAUCGGUCCGGCCCGUGCUGCCCCUGACCUCCCUGACCGCACCGCCACUACCAUCGGCGGGCCCUCUGGGGCGGGCCGGGGCCGCGGAAAGCCCGAUGAAGAUGAAGAUGGCGACGAGGCGGAUGAGAAAGGAUAUGAUGAGAAUCAGAAGUUUGACGAGUUUGAAGGAAAUGAUGUUGGUCUGUUUGCUAAUGGUGAGUAUGAUGAAGAUGAUAAGGAGGCUGAUGCUGUUUGGGAAGAGAUUGAUAAGCGAAUGGAUUCGCGGCGGAAGGAUAGGAGAGAAGCUAGGUUGAAGCAGGAAAUCGAGAAGUACCGUGCGUCGAAUCCGAAAAUUACAGAGCAAUUUGCCGAUUUGAAGAGGAAAUUGUAUACUUUGUCGACUCAGGAGUGGGAUAGCAUUCCCGAAAUUGGAGAUUAUUCGCUUCGAAACAAGAAGAAGCGGUUUGAGAGCUUCGUGCCUGUGCCGGAUACGCUAUUGGAAAAAGCUAGGCAAGAGCAAGAGCAUGUUACGGCAUUGGACCCGAAGAGUAGAGCUGUUGGUGGUACUGAGACACCGUGGGCGCAAACUCCGGUCACGGAUUUGACUGCUGUGGGUGAAGGAAGAGGUACUGUGUUGUCAUUGAAGUUGGAUAGGUUAUCAGAUUCGGUUUCGGGACAAACUGUGGUGGAUCCAAAAGGUUAUCUCACUGAUUUGAAGAGUAUGAAGAUCACGAGUGAUGCGGAGAUUUCUGAUAUUAAAAAGGCGAGACUGUUGUUGAAGAGUGUGACUCAAACGAAUCCGAAGCAUCCACCGGGUUGGAUUGCUGCGGCAAGGCUGGAAGAGGUGGCUGGAAAGAUUCAGGCAGCUAGACAGUUGAUUCAAAAGGGUUGUGAAGAAUGUCCGAAGAGCGAGGAUGUGUGGUUGGAGGCUUGUAGAUUAGCAAGCCCGGAUGAGGCCAAGGCAGUUAUUGCAAAAGGUGUGAAAUCCAUACCGAAUUCAGUUAAACUGUGGUUACAGGCAGCGAAAUUGGAGCAUGAUGAGAUGAACAAGAGCAGAGUGCUAAGGAAAGGGUUAGAGCAUAUUCCAGAUUCGGUUCGGCUUUGGAAGGCGGUUGUAGAGUUGGCCAAUGAGGAGGAUGCCAGACUGUUACUGCACAGGGCUGUGGAGUGUUGUCCGCUGCACGUUGAAUUGUGGUUGGCAUUGGCAAGACUAGAGACAUAUGAUCAUGCAAAGAAAGUGUUGAAUAGGGCGAGGGAGAGGCUGCCCAAGGAACCGGCUAUUUGGAUAACUGCUGCGAAGUUGGAAGAGGCAAAUGGGAAUACAGGAAUGGUGGUGAAGAUUAUUGAGAGAGGUAUAAGGGCCUUGCAGAGAGAGGGUUUGGCAAUUGAUAGGGAGGCAUGGAUGAGAGAGGCAGAAGCCGCAGAACGGGCAGGUUCUGUGGUGACUUGUCAAGCCAUUGUUAAGAAUACAAUUGGGAUUGGUGUGGAGGAAGAGGAUAGGAAGAGGACAUGGGUGGCAGAUGCGGAGGAGUGUAAGAAGAGGGGUUCAAUUGAGACGGCCAGAGCUAUUUAUGCUCAUGCAUUGAGUGUGUUCUUGACAAAGAAGAGCAUAUGGCUUAAGGCAGCACAGCUGGAGAAGAGUCAUGGGACUAGGGAGUCUCUUGAUGCUUUGCUUCGUAAGGCAGUUACUUACAGGCCACAAGCUGAGGUUUUGUGGCUUAUGGGUGCUAAAGAGAAGUGGCUUGCAGGGGAUGUGCCUGCUGCACGAGCAAUCCUUCAAGAAGCUUAUGCUGCCAUUCCUAACUCUGAGGAGAUUUGGCUUGCAGCAUUUAAGCUUGAAUUUGAGAAUCAUGAGCCCGAGAGAGCUAGAAUGCUUCUUGCUAAGGCUAGAGAGAGAGGUGGCACCGAAAGAGUAUGGAUGAAAUCUGCUAUUGUUGAGAGAGAAUUGGGGAAUACUGAUGAGGAGAGGAUGUUGUUGGAUGAAGGUUUGAAACUCUUCCCUGCAUUCUUUAAACUGUGGUUGAUGCUUGGACAGCUAGAGGAGAGGCUUGGUCACUUGGAGAAAGCCAAGGAAACUUACGAGUUGGGUUUGAAGCGUUGCCCUCAUUGUAUACACCUUUGGCUUUCGCUUGCUAAUCUGGAAGAGAAGAUGAAUGGAUUGAGUAAAGCACGAGCUGUCCUCACCAUGGCUAGGAAGAAAAAUCCUCAGAACCCUGAGCUCUGGCUUGCUGCUGUCCGAGCUGAAAUGAGGCAUGGUAAUAAGAAGGAAUCUGAUAUUUUGAUGGCAAAGGCAUUGCAGGAGUGUCCCAACAGUGGUAUAUUAUGGGCAGCAUCAAUUGAGAUGGUCCCCCGUCCGCAACGAAAAUCCAAGAGUAUGGAUGCUCUCAAGAAAUGUGAUCAUGACCCCCAUGUGAUUGCUGCUGUGGCUAAGUUAUUCUGGCAUGAUAGGAAGGUAGAUAAAGCUCGAACUUGGCUUAACAGGGCAGUCACACUUGCCCCGGAUAUUGGAGAUUUCUGGGCAUUAUAUUAUAAAUUCGAAAUUCAGCAUGGGAGUGAAGAGAGCCAGAAAGAUGUGUUAAAGAGAUGCAUUGCUGCAGAACCUAAGCAUGGUGAGAAAUGGCAGGCAAUAUCCAAGGCUGUAGAGAAUUCACACCAGCCAACUGAAGCGAUCCUGAAAAAAUUAGUGGUUGCACUUGGGAAGGAAGAGAGUGCAGCUGAGAAUAGCAAACACUAGUUAUAAGUCAGCUUGUAGUCGUGCAAGCUUCUCUUCUUGUUUUGGUGGUAAAAUAAGUGUAUUAAUCCUGAGAUAGACUUGCACUGCCUGCCUCUUAUUUUUUUUAGCAUAUGUUUCUUACUUAGUGGCUCUGAUGAUAAAUCCUUUUUAUUUCCUCACAAGAAUGUUUUUGUGUACUGAUUUGAUGAUUAAUCCCUAGAUUUUGUUUAUUACUGAACCACUAUUUUUCUCUAUAUUUUAAUUCUGUGUUUCUCUA